GUACUAACAGAAAUACGUCCCAUAUCUCCGGUUUAAUUGCGGAAGUCCCAAGAGCUCUGCGCUUCCUCGGGUUAUCUCCGCUUCAUCCGUCGCCAUCCACUGCUUGGCCCGGCUGAGACCGUUCGGCUCGGAGUGGGAUGGCCGACUUGGUGAAUCUAGAAAGCUUCAAUGUGCUUUUCUUAUUAAUACAACAAGAACACCCAUAGAGGGAUAGAAAUGUUCACCCUGUGAUGAAGUAAGUACUUAUACCAAACUCUAAACGCCACCCCUGGGAAUCAAGGCACUCUCAAAUAUCACCCCAUCUUUAUUGCUACCAUCUUGUGGCAUAACCAAUACUUGCAAAGCAUUCAAAUACAAUGUCUUCUAGUGGCAACUACAUCAAUAAAGUGGCCAUCGUCGGCGCAACUGGAACCGUCGGCAAGUUCAUCGUCGAGGAGCUCCUGAAGGCGGGCAAUCAUGAAGUGACGGCGAUUACGCGUGUCGAUGGUUCGAGCACUAUGCCCGCAGGUGUCAAGGUCGCCAAGGUGGACUACAACAACCCGUCCACCUUGGUCGAUGCGCUGCAGGGUCAGGAAGCCCUCAUCAUCACCAUGUCUGUUCGCGCCCCUAAGGACACGCAGGACAAGCUCGUAGAAGCUGCGGCCGUGGCGAAUGUGCCUUACGUCCUGCCCAGCGAUUGGUGUCCGGACAUGACCAAUGAAGAGUUUGGUAACGAUAUAUUCCUUGGUCCCGCAGAGCGAGCAACUCGGAAGAAUAUCGAGGACUUGGGAAAGAGUUCGUGGAUGGCCAUCAUCUCGAGCUUCUGGUACGAGUUCAGCCUCGGAGGAGGGCCUGCAAUGUACGGUCUUGAUUAUAAGGGCCGUAGCAUGACCUUCUUUGAUGACGGCGAGACCAAGAUCAACACUAUCACAUUUCCUCAGAGUGGCCGGGCUGUUGCCAACUUGCUGGCUCUCCCCAUCAAUUCUGAGAACGGUCCCAGCUUGUCCAAGUACAAGAACAAAUUUAUUUACGUCUCAUCCUUUUGUGUGAGCCAGAAGGACAUGUUCAACUCGGUACUACGGGUUACAGGUACCAAGAACGAGGAUUGGACGAUAAACUACGAGGAUUCAACCAAAAGGUUCGAGGAUGGCAAGAAGGAAAUGCGGAGCGGAAACCCGUUGGGUUUCAGGCAGGUGUUGUACUCCAGGGUCUUCUUCAAGGAUGGACUGGGGAAUUAUGAGGCCACCAAGGGAUUGGAUAAUGGGGCUUUGGGUCUCCCCGAGGAAGACUUGGACCAAUUCACCAUCGCUGCGAUCCAGCUGGCUAAGUCUGACUUGGAUUAUGGGGAGUAAUUGAAAGCAAAGAGUGCCUUGCAAGUGCCUAGCAAGGGAGCAGUAAUUCAGCCUGGCUU